UUCAUAAAAUUCCAGGAAGAUUCCCAUAAAAUUAUCAAGAAAUCCCCUUAAAAUUGCAGGAAAAAUCCCAUAACAUUUCUCUAGAAUUCCUGGAAAAUUCCAAUAAAAUUCUCAUAACAUUCCCUCACAAUUCCCAUAAAAUUUCUGGGAAAUUUCCACAACAUAACCAAGUUAUGCAAAAACAGCUGUUCAGCAGCAUGCUUGGUGAAUUAAUAGCUGUGGCGAUGCUGAACCAAAAUAAGGAGGUUGGAGAGGGGCGACCAACCAGUAGGACCAGUGCUAUUAGUGGAAAAGUUUGUCUGGAGCCCUCAUAUAGACAGCAUGAUUGUUUUUCCUCGUUUGUGUUUACUGCCAGGCUUAUUCACAGAAUGACUUAUUGAAACUGUGCUGAGUCAACACUUGGUCAUUAGGCAUGACUGCAAUCAUUUAAAAACGUAAAAUAUAAGUCGCAACAAACUUCAUACAAUAGCAAGAUAAAUAGCAAUAAAUUCAUUUUGAUGUAACUAAAAGUAACACCUCAUGCUAAAUCAGUGCUGAUGACUAUGUGUAUUUUGGGGCAUUAAAACUAAGUUAUAUAAGUCCAGAUUCAUUUAUUGGCAUAUCCUCAGAUUGGCUUUCAGUUAAAGCGUGUAACGGAUAGCAUGUGAUGGUGGUCGGCGUAUGCAUACCACACAUGUAGAGUCACAGCGAUAAAGCUUUAAUUCACAUCACCCUGUCUUGAGCUUUAAAAGCUCUGAAAUCUCUAGAUGUCAGCAUCUUCAUUGCUGCUGUCUGUGUGAGUAUGUGUGCCAGCAUGAAUGCACACCCACCGACAUGUGCUGCCCUUUGUGUUUCUGCAUUGGGAUUACAUUACACAGUGCAUCCUGUGGCUGGGUCAGAGCAGAGGUCAGUACAAGCCUGCAUACUCUCACUCACACAUGCGCACUGUCAUGUUAUGUUAUUCACGAAGCAGUCAGUGGGCUGUAUUGAAAUUGUAUUUGUGAUAAUAUUGUGACUGUGUCCUCUUGUUGUUGCGGUAGAUGGGGUUCACCUUCUGGAUGUUUUUCCUAUUGUCCAAACUCAGCAUUAAUGGAGCAGGCAUUUAGGCUCUGCUUACCUCAUGGAAACAGAAGCCCAGUACAUCACAAUUUUUAUUUUUUCAGUUUUUGUUGUCCCGAUGUUGUUCUUGUUGUGCUUAUCCUUGUGUGCUGUUGAUCACUCAUACACCGUAUGUGAAAGUUGACAAUCUAUUCCACAUGCUUUCUUAUUUUGGCUUUGUUUGUGAGUCCUGAUUACAUCUUCAAACACACAUGAAUACACAAACAGUUUACAGGAAGACUCAUUUCUGUUUGGCAGAUUACAACAAAAUCUGCUCUGUAAAUAUCUUUGGGCUGCACUGCCGAGAGUAUCCCCAGUGCUAGCAAGUGGGAUAGACAAAACAUUGGUUGUUUGUGUAUACAUUUUGCUUCCCAAACAUCGUUCUUUGUUUGUGUCUUUGAUGCAAAUCUGUUACGUCAGCUCGGUUUGCUGUAGGAGCAGAAAGAUUGUAGGCUGUGUUUCAUAUUAAGUUUUUAAAUGGUAAGGCCAUUAGAGUUAAAAUUUCGGCCUGCGGGAAGGCUCCAUCCAAAUGAAUCUCUCUCUCUCAUUCGCCCUCCCUUGCGCUGUCCCUCCCUCUGAGUUAAUGGGGUUGUGCGGCUUGGCAAGAUUGCUCUCUUUAGGGUCUGUGUUGAAUAUGAAGGAGACUGAGACACACACACACACACAGACAUGCCCGUACAGACUGGUCUUGUUAGCUACCCUCACAUUCUCUGGCAAAGCCAGUUUGUUCCAGUUUUAUAAUGAGGAGAUGGGGACUUUUGAAGCUAUGCCACCAAAGAGGAUACUGGAACACACACACAUGGAUACGGACCAAUCUGGAAUCCAUUUUCUUUUAUUCUUCCACAUUUAGAGGGAAAGGACAUUUCUAUUUCAGCACCAACUUUAUGAACCUGCAGACCACUUAAGUCUUAUUUAGCAAAUUCUAAAAACAGCACCACAUUGUCGUGCACAUGGUUUUGUUUUUAAAGUGCUCUGUUGGUUAGAGCUUUUUAAACAACUCACACUUAGCCAAUAAUCAAAAUAUAAGAAGCCUUUCUGUGCUUUAUAUAAUUUCUCUAAUGAACAAUAACACAAGGUCUUUGUUGGAUGAGCAAUAAAUCCAUAAAACAAAAGUCUGCUCAGUCAUGUGAUACAGUUGUAAACAUUUAGAUAUCCAGAUUGUGUUAUUGCGCUCAACAAACAAGCUUGUAUUGGUUGCUGGAGCUUGCGGGGUUUUCAAAAAAGGGUAGAUGAUGUUAAACCAUUGUUCUCUCCUGUAAAAUCAUUACACUUUCACUUUUAUUUUUACAGUUAAAACUGGAAGCACCACCACAUACCCAUGAACUGAACCAUGAAUCAGCGCUGUCCAGCAAGUGACCUGAUCAUAAUUACACAUCACAAUAUGGCCCUUACUCCCCCAGUAAACUCGCUUAUCUUCUGUUUUCUAUUUGAUUCUCUUUUAUUUUUAUUUCUUUCCUUUCUCUGUCAGUGUCUUUUUCUGCCUACGAUUUUGCACCCAUUUCUGUCCUCUGUCCUGUAUUUGUUCUUUGCACAAUUCAUCUCCAGGUUUCUUUGUGUUCUUUAGAACUCUAAGUACCUGCCUACAAUUAUUCUCUCUCUCUCUCUGGCUCUCUCUCGCCUCUGUCCUUAUUCCCCCUUUUCUUUCAUUUUCUCUCACUCUCUCUUUCUCUUCCUCUCCCCUCCCACUGCCCCUCCUCUCCCUCUCUCUGUCUCUUCUUUUGAAAGAGCUGGCUUCAGCAGUCUGCCUGAAAUGAGCAAUGCAUACCCACACAUACAUUGGGUGCUGCCGCCCCCGUCCACGCUAAUCACAGGGUCUCUCUGUGUGUGUGUGUGUGUGUGUGUGUAUGUGUGUGUGUGUGUGUGUGUGUGUGUGUGUGUUUGCAUCAGAUGUGUGUAUGCGUAUGUGUGUUACUGGCUGCAGCACAGCAGUGAGGAUAUGUAGCUUCCUGUGUGCUGCUAGGCAGCCCAGGCUCAUUCUGCCGCAUGCCUCUUUUACCGCCACCAUUACGCAGAGGAAUUCCCUGCCGUCUCUGCUACUGCUGCUCACAGAGAGCGUGAGAGUGGCUGAGAGAGAGGAGAGAGGAGAAGAGACAUGCAGCAAAGCGGCACUGACAGAUAGAGGACAGAGCUGGAUUUCACAUUGGAUUUUACAUGAAGAUGUGCACUGUUUGUUUACGAGGAAAACACUAUGUCUAUGGGAUUUAUUGCUGACCUUUGCGCUCCUGAUUUGCGCACGUAUGAACGAAGGAACACUGUGUAUUUAUGUGUGUGAGUGAGGGAGACAGAGUGUGUGAGCGAUUGUGUGGUGUGUGAAUGUUUGUUCCUGAUGCGGUCAGAGCGGGCUAGCCGUGUGUGUAUCGUGGUGCUGGAGGAGGUAGAGGAGGAUGAGCCCUCUUCUUCAUCCCCACCUCCUCGGCCCAAAUCAUCCCCGGACCGCAGAUCCCAUCAUGCCUCUCGAACGGCUGCCGCUCAGGAUGACAAGCCGUCUCUGUUAAGAGCCAUCUUCAAUGUGGACCCAGAUGAAGUUCGCUCCCUCAUAUUCAAGAAAGAGGAUGUCAACAUUCAGGAUAAUGAGAAGCGGACCCCGUUGCAUGCUGCAGCCUACUUGGGAGAUGCUGAGAUCAUUGAACUGCUCAUUCUCUCAGGAGCCCGAGUUAAUGCCAAAGAUAACAAGUGGCUGACUCCUCUUCACCGAGCUGUCGCUUCAUGUAGUGAGGAUGCAGUGGCGGUGUUACUAAAGCACAGUGCAGAUGUUAACGCUCGGGACAAGAACUGGCAGACGCCGCUCCAUGUAGCAGCUAGCAACAAAGCAGUACGCUGUGCUGAGGCUUUGGUCCCACUGCUUAGUAAUGUCAAUGUAUCUGACCGGGCCGGACGCACUGCCCUGCACCACGCUGCCUUCAGUGGACAUGUAGAGAUGGUGAAGUUGCUGCUGUCCAGAGGAGCCAACAUUAAUGCAUUUGACAAGAAGGACAGGAGAGCCAUCCACUGGGCAGCCUACAUGGGUCACCUGGAGGUAGUGAAGUUAUUGGUGGCCAGUGGAGCUGAAGUGGACUGUAAGGACAAGAAGGCCUAUACACCGCUCCAUGCGGCCGCCUCCAGUGGCAUGAGCAGCACAGUGCACUACCUGCUGAGCCUGGGUGUUCAUGUGAACGAGGUGAACAGCUAUGGCAACACACCGCUCCAUUUGGCCUGUUACAACGGACAGGAUGUGGUGGUCGGUGAGCUCAUUGAGGCAGGAGCCAACGUCAACCAGGUGAACGAGAGGGGUUUUUCUGCUCUCCACUUUGCUUCCUCUUCACGACAAGGAGCGCUGUGCCAGGAACUGCUGUUGGCCCACGGAGCUCACAUCAACCUGCAGAGUAAGGAUGGUAAGACUCCCCUCCACAUGGCAGCUACACAUGGACGGUUCUCCUGCUCACAGGCCCUCAUUCAAAAUGGAGCUGAGAUUGACAGUGAGGACAAGAGCAGAAACACUGCCCUUCACAUAGCAGCCCGCUAUGGCCAUGAGCUCAUCAUCACAGCACUCAUCAAACAGGGAGCCAAUACCGCCAAGAGAGGCAUUCAUGGGAUGUUCCCUCUACACCUGGCAGCUCUCAGCGGCUUCUCAGAUUGCUGCAGGAAGCUGCUGUCCUCAGGGUUUGUCAUAGACACCCCUGACAACUUUGGAAGGACCUGUCUACAUGCUGCUGCAGCUGGAGGGAACCUGGAGUGUCUUAAUUUGCUGUUAAACAUAGGAGCAGACUUCAACAGGAAAGAUAACUUUGGAAGGGCUCCACUACACUAUGCAUCGGCCAACUGUAACUACCAGUGUGUGUUUGCCUUGGUGGGUUCUGGAGCCAGUGUUAAUGAGCUGGACCAGAGAGGCUGUAGCCCUUUACACUACGCUGCUGCUGCCGACACUGAUGGAAAAUGUGUGGAAUAUCUGUUGAGGAAUGAUGCUGAUCCAGGAGUGAGAGACAAACAGGGUUACAAUGCAGUGCACUAUGCUUCAGCCUAUGGACGUACACUCUGCCUGGAACUGGUGGCAAGCGAGACACCUCUUGAUGUGUUAAUGGAGACAUCGGGAACAGACAUUCUGAGUGACUCAGAGAGCCAGGCUCCAGUCAGUCCACUCCAUCUGGCGGCUUACCAUGGACACUGUGGAGCAUUAGAGGUCCUCUUGUCGUCCUUGCUGGAUGUGGACGUCCGCAGCCCAGAGGGACGAACCCCCCUCAGUCUGGCCUGUUCCAAGGGUCAUCAAGAGUGCGUCUCCCUGCUGCUACACCACGGCGCCUCACCCAUGACCCAUGACUACAUACACAAAAAGACAGCCAUACAUGCUGCAGCUAUGAAUGGCCACCCAGAGUGCCUGCGCCUGCUCAUCAGCAACAACGACCAACACAUUAAUGUGGACGCACAAGACACCAACGGACAGACUGCUCUGAUGCUGGCAGUGCUGAGUGGACACACAGAGUGUGUGUACUCUCUGCUCAGUCAAGGAGCCAGUGUGGAGCAUCAGGACCGCUGGGGCAGGACAGCACUACACCGAGGGGCAGUGACAGGCCAGGAGGAGUGCGUGGAGGCCCUCCUCCAGCGGGGGGCCAGCGUGUGUGUGAAGGACAUCCGGGGUCGCUCCCCCCUUCACCUGGCAUCUGCUUGCGGCCGUGUGGGUGUCCUGGGCGCCCUGCUGCAGACCACCAGCACCUCACACACUCAAACACACCUCACUGACAGCCAGGGCUACACACCACUGCACUGGGCCUGCUACAACGGUUAUGAUGCUUGUGUGGAGGUGUUGUUAGAUCAGGAGGUAUUCAGGAAGAUUAAAGGAAACUCGUUCAGCCCGCUACACUGUGCUGUUAUGAACGACAAUGAGGGAGUGGCCGAGAUGUUGAUUGACUCCCUGGGUGCAAAUAUUGUCAACACCACUGACUCUAAGGGCAGGACCCCACUUCAUGCUGCAGCUUUUUCUGACCAUGUGGAGUGUGUUGCACUUCUUCUGAGCCACGGAGCUCAGGCAAAUGUUGUUGACACACAAAUGCACAGGACGCCACUGAUGAUGGCAGCUCUGAAUGGACAGACCAAUGCAGUGGAGAUGUUGGUGAGCAGCGCUAAAGCAGACCUGGCACUACAGGACUCAAACAGGAACACAGCAUUACAUCUGGCUUGCAGCAAGGCUCAUGAGACGAGUGCCUUGCUAAUUCUGGAGAAACUGAGUGAUAGGAACCUCAUCAACUGCACCAAUGCUGCCCUCCAAACGCCUCUGCACGUAGCAGCCAGGAAGGGAUUAACUGUGGUGGUCCAGGAGCUGUUGGGGAAAGGAGCCAGUGUGUUAGCAGUGGACGAGAACGGUUACACUCCAGCUCUGGCCUGUGCUCCAAAUCGCGAUGUAGCCGACUGUUUGGCGCUCAUCCUCAACUCCAUGAUGCCCACCUCCCCCAUGGUCACCAUAGCAGCUUUGCCCGCACUCUCUCUUACUCAGACAGUCAUCAACCACCACCCCACAUCCAACCACAUCUCAAAAGGCGUGGCCUUUGACACUCCACCACCUCUAAGGCCUGACCACGCCUCCUACUGCAGACCCGAGCGCCAGCUGUCAUCUGUUUCUGCGGACGAUGAACUGAAUGACUCAGAUUCAGAGACAUACUGAGGACUAACUGGACAGAGCCCUACAAUACUGGCAGGCUAGCCAGCCACUCAGGAGCCUUAAUAGAUCACUGAGAAGAGACUAAAAGAGAGACAAGAGGGAGAAAAUAGAGCAAAUUAUUUUUAGGUAAGCCUCUUCAAAUCUAAAAAUAAUCCUUGUGUAAAGCAGACGCUUGUUUCCUUAAGGUGCAUACCCACAGGGAAGAAAAUAUUGUAGAAUAAGGUGAAUACACACUUUUCAGGCAGCAUCACUGUAUGGUCAGUAACAUGGCUAAUGUCUUUUUAAACUUAAAGCAAUGUUGGGUUUCCUUUUUAAAUUAUGCUCCUAUGGUGUCCUGAUACUUUCUGGAAUCAUUUGAAGCCUUUUCAAAGAUUUUCCUUCCAAUUUAUUAGAUAAGCAUCUACAGCAGAAAACUCAGAGGACUGCUGUUUAGGCACAAUAUUCUGAAGAAAAAAAAAAAAGAGGGACAAUCUUCCGGGACCACGUGAUUAAGUGUUUUCCCUGCUGUACUUUUAGGUUGUUUUUUAAAAUUCAGAGUUCUUUUAGCUGUGAUGGCAGACACCGACGACUGUCACUCGAGGAUACUGGGAAUGCUGUGUCGAGGAUUAGGAACCACUUUUCGAUUCCUAGGAGAGGAGGUCACCUGUGAAUCCUGUGUAUUUAUUGAUUGAAUCCUUGAGGGGGUGAUCCUGACAGCAGGUGGAUGUAUGACCCAUUUACUGUACAACUGGUUCAGGAGUCAGUUGGCUGACAGCCUGAAUGAGCGGCCCAAGGAACUGUUCACUUGUGAUGCUGUAACUACUUAAUGUCUGUGUUCUGUACUGGAGGCGGGAAAGUGGCGAAUACUGUGUGAAUAUGUGUGUGACUGUGUGUGUGUGUGGGAGUGAGAGCGAGAGAAAUGAUUAAAUAUUGCCUUUUUAGGAAUAUGCAACUUUCAGGCGGAGGAUGAAUGCUACCUGGUGCAAUGUUUGUAAAGAAUAAGUAAUAGUAGAUAAAUAAAGCUAUUUGUUUUUGA